AUGAAUGGUCUAGCUAUUCGUGUUAUGUCCACUGUGGACACACCUACAGCCCAUGUCUUCACGCAACCCAUCAAGAAAAUUCACGAAUCGCAAGAUGUAUCAGCGUUUCUUACCUCCAAAGCUUACACUGACAUCAUGACAUGGAUCUUACAACUCAAUCGAUCCAUGUUCCCAUUGAAGCUGCCCGAUAAUACCACUCAAGCCUGGGUCAUCAACAGUGAUGCUAUUCAAUACUCUGCCCCCAUCCGUCAACUCCAGCGACUCCUUCUCAAACUCGAAGAUAUCAUACAAGAAGUGCCCCCCGAUACCGGUCCCCGCAGAUUCGGAAACAUAAGCUUUCGGAGAUGGUGUGAGGUUGUUGAUAGCCGCGCCUCUGAUCUAUUGAAAGAAUGCCUACCGGCGGAACUCUUGCAAACAGGAUCGUCGCAAGGGGAGGGUGUGACGGCGGAGGCUGAGUUGAAGGCAUACCUGAUGGGCAGCUGGGGGAGUGGACAGCGCUUGGACUACGGCACGGGACAUGAGCUGAGCUUUCUUGCAUUCCUUGGUGGAAUCUGGAAGCUGAAUGGCUUUCCCAAAGCUGACCCAGGCGUGGAGGAAAGAGCCAUUGUCAUAGGUGUCAUUCAUCCAUAUCUGGAUCUCAUCCGGAAACUCAUAAAGACUUACAACCUAGAACCUGCAGGCUCUCACGGUGUCUGGGGACUCGACGACCACUCCUUUGCUCCUUACAUCUUCGGAUCUGCCCAAUUGUCCCCUGCGAUCAGUGAAAGUGAUCUUACUCCCGAGGAAGGUUCAUUACUCAAUGCACCCGAUCCAGGAGGGGUUGCUAAAGCAAAUAUCGUUGAAAGAGAGCGCCAGACUAAUUUAUACUUUGCGGCCAUUGGCUUCAUUUAUGACGUGAAAAGAGGACCUUUCUGGGAGCACAGCCCCAUGCUUUUUGACAUUUCUGGCAUUCGCGCUGGUUGGGGCAAAAUCAAUAAAGUCGGUGUCUUGAAUCUCGAUGGUAGAUAUUGGGCUAACAGACAGCAGGGGAUGGUCAAAAUGUACAAUGCGGAAGUUCUCUCGAAAUUCCCAGUGGUACAGCAUUUCCCAUUUGGUUCUUUAUUCAGUUGGGACCGUGACCCCAAUGCGAUUCCACCUCCCUCCACGGUCCAUACAACUUCUGGUCCCCAGGCACGCCCCGUUGCACCGGAUCAAGGUAUGCCUUCUGUCGCUGCCACGCGUCCGAUGCCUGGGGCUGGUACUCAGGCCCCCUGGGCCAAAUCUGGAUCCGUUGGACAGACAAGUCUUCCGGGUGCAACAGCAGCACCGUGGGCAGGAACGGGGAGAGCGGGCGCUCCGGGCUCGUCCACUAAUAGUUCCACAAGGACACUACCCAUUAUCCCAGACACGUCGAGGAUGCCCCCGGGUGCCAUGGCUCCUACUAGAGCACCUUGGGCAUCUAAUCAAUCUGCUCAGUCAUCUUCACAAAAAGGCAGCCCUGAUUCCCAGACUAAGGCGCCCUGGGCAAGAUGA